GAAAUCAGCUUACCCGAGGGGUUCCCCAGCCUCUCCCACUGGCUCUACAAUCAAACUGACACCAUGCUCCAGGGCUUAGUGAAACAAGGGGACCCUCAACAGGUCAUUGAGUACUCUCUGGCCCUCAUCACCAUCUUAAAUGAGUACGAGCGGUCCAUGCUUCUGGAACCUGAGACUGGGAAUGAAUUUGAACUCCGGACCUGGACUCGCAACAAUAUCACAGAAACCCUGAACUCGCUGAACGUGAACACGGUUGAUGAUAUCCAGCAGAUCUCGGCUGCCUUGGCACAGUGCACGGUGGUGAGCAAGGAGCUGGUUUGCAAGUCAUGCCUGACAAGGACCUUGAACAAGCUGGAGACCAUGAUGACCAUUCUGCAAGGGGAAACGACCCAGGGCACCGUGACACCGACUGGUAUCGCCGACAACAUCCUCAACAUCACAGGUGACCUAAUUCACCUCGUCAAUACGGUUUCACAAGAAUCCAAGCCCCAGGAACUGCUUUCUGAUUCCCACAAUUUGCUGCUAGCUCCCAAAGCCUACAACCUGUCUUCCAGCCUGAUGCGCAUCCUCAUGAAGUCUCGAGUGCUGAAUGAAGAGCCCCUUGAGCUGGUGGGAGGAGAAAUAAAGGCCACAGGCAAGCGGUCUGAUCCCUUUAACUUGCUUUGCUACGAAAACACACCAAACUGCCAGUUCUCCAUCCCCCAGGCGUUCAACACCACCCUUUCCAACCUGACGGAUGUCAUUCAAGUCAUGUUCCAAGUGGACUCCAAUCCUUUCCCUUUUGGUUACAUCAGCAACUACACCGUGUCCACAAAGGUCGCCUCCAUGGAGUUUCAGACACACAACGGGGUGCAAAUCCCCAUUGGGAGCCUGGACUCAGAGAAAGCCAUCACCGUGAUGGUGUCAAACAACACGGAUGCUAACAAUCUCUCUGCUGGCACUGAAGUCAUCGAGGCGAGGACAUCUGUGAACCUAAUUGUGACUAUGGAGAGCAACAACAGAGAAGCAGGACUGCACUUCCAGCUCACUUACAGAGUCCUGAAUGAUCACUACAUUGCAAGCGAGCCUGAGCCAUUCAUCAUGGCUUAUCUCCAUCACGAACCAGAGCCCAACGAGCACAACUGCAGUGCCUCUAAGAAAAUUGGCCUGGAUGCCCUGGCUGGAAGUGACCACAAGCUCUACACCUUCUUCACCUCACCCAGAACGGAUGACACCAUCCAGAAAUACUACUUCAACAUCACAAACCAUUUCAGCUGGUCCCCGGUGGAGGUGACUCUGGGACUGUACACCUCCCUCUGCCAGUACUUCAGCGAGCAGGAGAAACGGUGGAAGACAGAAGGCAUCAUCCCGCUGGAAGAGACCAGGCCAGACCAGGCUGUGUGCUUAACCCAGCACCUCACCGCCUUUGGGGCCAGUCUGUUUGUCCCCCCAAACUCCGUCCAGUUCGUCUUUCCUGCUCCAGGCCCAGGUCUCAACUACAUCGUUCUGCUGACAUGUGCCGUCUGCUUUGUGACCUACUCGGUGGCUGCACUGAUCGUGCAUAAGCUGGACAUGAUUGACAUUAACCGAGUCGGGGUGAUUCCCUUCUGCGGGAAGAACGGGAUGUACAAAUACGAGAUUCUGGUGAAAACUGGCUGGGGCAGAGGAUCAGGUACCACGGCCCACGUGGGGAUCGCCCUGUACGGUAUAGACAAUAAAAGCGGUCACAGACAUCUGGACGGAGAAAACGCCUUCCACCGCAACAGCCUCGACGUGUUUCAGAUCGCAACGGAGCGGAGUCUGGGGAGCAUCUGGCGCAUCCGCAUUUGGCACGACAAUAAAGGACUCAGCCCCUCUUGGUACCUGCAGCACGUCAUAGUCCGGGACCUGCAGAGCAGCAAGAGCUACUUCUUCCUGGUGAAUGACUGGCUUUCGGUGGAGAGCGAAGAGAACGAUGGCAUGGUGGAGAAGGAGGUUUAUGCUGCCAGUGAGACAGAGCUGAGGAGCUUCUCCCGGAUCUUCAUAGCAGAGUUGCAGCGAGGUUUCUUUGAGAAGCACGUCUGGCUGUCCAUGUGGGACCGCCCGCCUCGCAGCCGCUUCACCCGUGUCCAGAGAGCCACUUGCUGCUCCCUCCUCAUCUUCCUCUUCCUCUGCGCCAAUGCUGUGUGGUACGGCGUGGUGGGGAACGUACACCUCAGCAAUGGGGCCGUUUCCAACCUGAUCCCUGUUAAUGUGGACACAGUGGCUGUUGGUCUGGUGUCCAGCGUGGUGGUCUACCCUCUCUACCUGGUCAUUUUAUUUCUCUUCCGGAUGGCUCGUGGCAAGGUCUCCAUCAACCACACCCUGACUCACUCAGACCAGCAGUCCUUGGAGAUCGACAACUACCUGGACUCCUCAAUCCUCGACAGCUCCUUUCCUGCCUUCCCUGGGCUCCGGGCAGAGGCCUUCUCUGAGCAAACCAAAACAGAUCUGUUCUUGGAGGACUCCAAAAGCCUCGUGCGGUGGCCCUCCAGCGAGGCCCUGCUCAGCUGGCCGGACCUCCUCAGCGACCCCUCCAUCAUGGGCAACACCAUCCAGAAGCUGAAGAGAGGCCGGGCCAGCCGCCACCUUGGACUCGAGGCCCCACUGGCCACUGAGGAGGACAGCUUGUCGCUUGGCGUUCACCAGGGACAGCCUCGAUAUUUCUCUGCCUCAGAUGAGGAUCUGAUCCGGCAGAUCCUGGCAGAUGGAGCUAGCGGCAUCUCCCACUCCCAGGACCUAGGGCCGUACAUGAGGGCUGAAACAGAUCUGAUCUCAGGCCUGUCCAGCGUGUUCGGGGAGAAGGUGGAGACUGUCGUGAUGCAGAAGCUGAACGACAAAGGCCAGAGCAUGGCAGCUCCUCCCAGAGAAGUGAGCAGAUCAGCCAAGUCGACGUGGACAGUUGCAGACCAAACAUUCAGGAAGCGCUUGCUGCCGCCCUGGUGCUCCUAUCUGGCUCAUGGUAUCAGUCUCCUCCUCUUCGCCACCUCCACGGGGGUCUCUGUGUGGAUCGGGGUGGGCUUUUCCUCCAGUGUUGCCCUCAUGUGGCUCAUCUCAGGGAUAUUCAGCUUUCUGGCAUCCUUCUUGGUCUGGGAGCCCCUGAAGGUUCUGCUGGAAGCCCUCUAUUUCUCACUGGUUGCCAAGCGCUUGCACCCAGAGGAAGAUGAUACCUUGGUAGAGCAUCCGUUUGUUGAGCAUGUUUCUGAGAAGAUCAGCAAAGUCCGACCCCCGCAGGGCUUUGCCCUUUUCCAGGCCAAGGAGGAGGCCAGGAAGGUCAAACUGCUCCACAGGAUGCUGAAGAAUUUCCUCAUCUACAUGAUGUUCUUGCUGGUGAUCCUGCUCACCAACUACGGAGAUGCCUCCCGCAACAGCAGGGCCUUCCUUUUGCAGAGCUCCAUCAAGCAGCAGUUGGGCAGCAACGAAUUCCUCCACAUCAAGAGGUCAGAUCAGUUCUGGGUCUGGAUGUCGCAGGUCUUCCUCCCUUACCUCUACAACAACCGGACGGGUCAGGAGAGCUCCAGCACCACGCUGGGGACGGCCCGGCUGCGCCAGCUCAGGCUGCAGGAAGCCGAGUGCCAGCGCAGUGCCCAGGACGUCCUCCACAGCGUGGGCAUGGCUGCCAGCACAAACUGCACCGACUCGCACAGCUUUUCUACUGCUGACUACGCAGCUGGCUGGGAAAGGGCGGCCGUGAACGUGACGGCUGCGUGGUCCUACUCGCCACCCGACCUGACGGGGGUCUGGUACUGGGGUUACAUCUCUUUCUACGAUAGCAGCGGUUACAUCCAGGAGCUGGGGGCUUCACUAGAGGAAAGCAGGGCUCAGCUGAAUUUCCUUCAGGAGCACACUUGGAUCGACAACAUGAGCCGGGCAGUCUUUGUGGAGCUCAUGCAGUAUAACCCCAGCGUGGACCUGCACGCUGCCAUCACCCUCCAGCUGGAGUUCCUGGGGGCCGGCCAGGCCAUCGCCGCUGUCACCAUCAGCCCCUUCCCGCUGCUGCGGCUCAGCGGGGGUGUCACGCUGCAGCUUCUCAUGAUGGUCUUCCUCAUGAUGUUUGUGGUCUACUUCGUGGUGUCCGAGUCGCUCUCCAUCAAGAAGGAGGGCAGGGCCUACUUCACCCUGUGGGGCAACUACGGCCAGUGGGUCUUCAUCCUCCUCACCACUUGCACCGUGGUGGUGCACCUCAGCCAAGCCACCCUUGCUGACCAGCAGUGGCUCAAGUACCUCAACAACCGCAAAGGUUUCACCAACUUCUACCAGGUGGCCUUUCUCAACACAGUCUUCAGCACCUUGGCUGCAUCCCUCCUCUUCCUCCUGACCGUGCAGGCUGCCCAGCAGCUGCGUUUUGUCAGGCAGUGGUCCAUGUUUGGGAAAACCUUUCAGAAGUCCGCGAAGGAGCUGACCUCUGCAGGGCUGGCGUUUGCCGUCCUCAUCCUGGCCUACGCUCAGCUCGGCUUCCUGCUCUUCUCCUCCUCCUCGGAGUCCUUCCGCAGCGUCGGCAGCAGCCUCCUGCUGCUCUUCGCCAUGCUGCGGGGCAGCGCGAGCCUCCGCCCCUGCCUGCCCGAGUCCUCGGGCCUCUACUACCUAUUCUGCACCAGCUACAUCAUCCUGGAGGUGUGGAUCGUGCUGAGGCUGUUCACCGUGGUGCUUAUCUACAGCUACCGGGAAAUGCACUUUGAGCUGUACCGCCCCGCCUUCGAGCCCCAGGACUACGAGAUGGUGGAGCUCUUUGUGCGCAGGCUGAAAAUGUGGAUGGGCUUCAGCAAAGCCAAGGAGUUCCGGCACAAGGUGAGGUUCGAAGGGAUGGAGCCGCUGCCAUCCCGAGACUCCAGUGACUCCAAGUCCUUCCGGGGCCCCACUCCCAGCGCUGCCUCCGACAGCUCCAGGGCCUCCACCUCCUCCAGCCAGCUGGACGGGCUGAGCCUCGUGCUGAGCACCCGGGACAGCCUGGAAGUGGACGCUGAGAUCCAGCGCCUCCUUUCCCUCUUCGAGAUGCUGCUUGCCCAAUUUGACCGGGUCAACCAGGUGACGGAG